AUGGUGAGACCAAGAAGGCAAGCUGAUGUGCCCGAGGAUGAGCUACCCAGGGGUGAUGGAAAUUAUGCCAUGGCGAGGGCGUUGAAUAGGAUGACAGAGUUUCUCCAGCAGAAUUUCCGACCGCCGCAAGGAGAUCCAAAUAGAGCGGUCCAAGUGGGGUGCACCUAUGAGCGUUUCUUAGCGCAUAGGACUCCUGCCUUUUCUGGGGAGGAGAAUCCAAUACGAGCUAGGAGGUGGAUUCAAGAUCUGGAAAGAACCUUUGAAGUCUGUGGGUGCACUGAGGCCCAUAUGGUUUUAUAUGGGAGCUAUAUGCUGCAAGGUGAAGCGGCAAACUGGUGGGAGACCAAGCGGCCACUCCUAGAAAUGGAGUUGGGAUCCUUGGCUGCUGUGUCUUGGCAGCGGUUUAAGAAAGAAUUUGAUGAUCGAUACUUCCCUGUUUCGGUGAGACGACAAAAGGCUCGAGAGUUCAAUAAUUUGGUUCAAGGAGGCAUGACUGUUGAGCAAUAUGCAAGGAAAUUUAUGGAGCUUGGACGGUUCGCUCCUCACCUUAUUACCACCGAAAAGUUGCAGGUUGAGCGUUUCAUGGAGGGUCUGCGCCCCGAAGUACGCAAACAAGUGGCUUGUCUUCAGAUUAUGGAAUUUCAGAAGUUGGUGGACUUGGCCAGUAUCGCAGAGCGAGAGAAUAGCUUUGUAAUGGGCUCCCCUCCGGGUUAG